UUGUGUUGUGUUUGUUUUAAUGUUUUUUUUAAAUUAAGUGUAAUUAAAGAUUUUUUUUUUGUCAUAUAAACAAUUACAUAGAUAAGUUAUCGUUUAAGUUAAGUUUUAGAAGUGUUUGUGCGUGACGUGUUCUAUUGACGCCAUUUUGUUUUGACCUUUCACGGCAUUACAAUGAUGGGUAGGAAAGAUGUGCAAGACGACGCGGCGAAGAAGGGACGUAAGAGAAGGAUCCGUAGGUUCUCCAUUCGCGAGAGGAAACGCCGCGAGAAGAAAUGUCGCGAAGGAAAGAUGGCCACUGCCAACGUGGCUGUAGAGAGCGUGUCGGUCGAAGCGUAUGCGUCACCGGUAAAAUGUGCCGUCCACGCGUUCUUGCUGAAGUACCAGAGUGCUUUACGAAAAGUGCCAUCUCAAUUGCCGCCGAAGAUACGCGCUGGGCCGCCUUCGAAGCGCGUGAAACGUGUUUCUUGGCCAGGUCAUGAUGAGAGUGGCGGGUCGGGCGGCGGCGGCGACCCGGCGGUGCUGGCGGUGGGGCCCGUGCGGCGCAUGCUGCGCUACGCGCGCGACGAGCUCAUGCGCCUGCGCAACUCGCCGCUCGUCAAGCGCGGCCUCGACCACGCCUUCGCGGGCAACGACACGCUGGCACUGGUUAUGAAGAGGCGUUCUGAUUCACCGAGCGAAGAAGAUAAGGGAGGCAGGGGAGAUGCACCCGUGGAAAAUCAUAAAGGUGUGUAUGGUCGGGAACGUGAUCGCGAUCGGGAUCGGGAGCGGCGGUCGGCCGACCCGCGCGAGCGCGUGCGCAAGGAGAGCGAGACGAGUGCGGGCGGCAUCGUGCUGUCUCCGCAGCGCCGCUCGUUCACGUCCGGCUGCGGAGCCCCGGCCGCCGCCGCGCCGCCGCCGCCGCACGUGGCGCGCACGCGGCCGGAGUCCCCUCUGCCCACCGUGCCGAUACCGCCGAAGACGGAGCAAGUGGGUAGACGCAUUGGAUCCGGGCGCAUCAUGGUACGCGACGUGCCGACCGGUGCGUGGGAAGAAGGGGAGAGUCGACCCGAGGUUCGAAGCGAGCCGUACCGUCCGCCGCGCGAGCGUGAACGCGACCGCGAGCGUGACGAGCGCCGGACCAACGGCGACCGAUUCGAGCGCCGCUCGUUUGGACGAGACACCUAUACUUCUGAUAUCAAGAGGGAACGGGAAGAUCGAUUCAACAACGAGAAGACGCGCGAAAGAGAGGACAACCGUAGAUCAGGUGGUCGCUACUCUCGACGCUAUGAUAAGGAGGAUGAACCAGAAUGGUUUAGUGGAGGGCCGACAUCUCAGCUGGAGACGAUCGAGCUUCGCGGCUUCGACGAGCCGGUCAAGAAAAACGGCACUGCCAGCAGUAAGGAUAACGAAAAAUGGAGCAGUGGCAGCUCUCGUUCCCCCGAGCGCUGGCGCGCCGACCCCGCCUCGCCCGCGCCGCCCACCGAGUCCCUCAACAAUAGCAAUGACAAAGAUUCAGGAGUGGAGUCGAAGAGCGAGGAGCUUACUCAGCCUCCGGAGCAGCCAGACUUCAACCUAGAUGAGUUCCUCAAGUUUGAUUCCAUACCCGAUGUGGCUAUGCUCACUAAUGGUGGCAGUGAGACGGAGGGCAGUCGCUUCAGCCGCUGGUUCCGGCGCGAUAGCCCGCCGCCCGCCGACCGCCACUACGAGCGAUUGCUGCAUACUAUGAUAGAUGAUCUGGACAGCUCAACCAAUGACAGGCCUCCAGUGGUGGAGCCCCAGCCCAUCUACCCGACGCCCGGAGCGCCUCCGUCCCUGCUGGACCUGCUGCGGCGAGCCAGCGCCGACACAGACCAUAGACCAGAAAUGAACGCAGUGAACAGUAAGAUGCAUAGUCUGGAGGAGCUGGAGGCGCGCCUGAGGCCGCAGCACCAGCCGCCGCCCGAAAACGACCUCUCGGCAUUUAAUAGACUUCUAGCGCAAGUGUCGGGUGGACAGGCACAAACCGCAGAACCAGCCCGACCGCAGCCGCAACCGCAGCCACAACCGCAACCGCAGCCGCCUAUGAGCCUUUUACAGAUGCUGAACAAAAGCAUGGAGCAGCAGCAGCAGCAACAGCAGCAGCAGCAGCACCAGCAGCAACAACAACAACAACAACAACAACAACAACAACAGCAACAACAGCAGCAUCAGCAUCAGCAUCAACAGCAACAACAGCAAAAAGCGCCGCAUAUCCCGCAAGAGCUCCUAUACAAGCUCUUGCAGGUGCAGCAGCGUCAACAACAGGCGGGGGGAGACCCCAAUCCCCUGGGUAACCCUCUCGGCAAUCCCCUGGGUUCAAUGGGAGGCAUGACCCCACCGUGCGACCGUGACUUGCUGCAGCGGCCCGAAGCUCAGGCUAUUAUACAUGGUCUCAAGGCAGGCGAAAUAACGGCACAGCAUCUGAUGCAGCAGCUAGGAAACCCUGGACUGCAGAGUCGCCAUCGAGAAGUGCUGUUGACUAUACUCCGCAUGCACCAACAGCAGAGACAGCAAAUGGCCGGUUCCCCUCUGCCCCCGGGCGUGGGCGCGGCCCCUCAUCUCGUGGUGCCCCACCACCAGCCACUGCGACUGUCGCCGUUGCCGCAUCCAGCGUUUUGUGUUUCACCCAUCAUGGCCGCCAGUCCCAACACCCUCGCCGUGCACCAUCCAGGUGUGCCAGCUCGCAUACCAUCUCCCCGGGAACUGGCUGCGCAUACGCAAACGAUAAUGCAAAACGCACUGAUUAAGAAGAAGCUAGAGGAGCAGAAAGAGAACUACCGCCGGAAAAACGAGAUCCACCACCAGCAGCAAGCGGUGCAGCAGCUGCCCAAACAGCCAACACCCAUCUCUUUCACACCCACCUCGGUGCUGCGUAAGAUGACGGCAGAAAAGGAGGAUGGAGGCAGCCCGAAGUCACUGUGGGCGCCGCACGCCGCCCACGCGCCGCCCAAGCCGCACGGACGACCCAUCGUAAAGGGCAACCAGAGCGGCACGGCGCCUAUGGGCUACACGCCAACGCCUGACUAUCAGCAGCAUUAUAUGAACCAGCAGCAGAUGUCGAAUGCAAAUCGCGCAUUCCCUCACGCCCAGCAAAGACAACCAAUGUCCAGUACUCUCAUGAACAACCUUAACAACUUAAACAAUCUAAAUAAUAUGAAUAACAUGGGCAAUAUGAACAACAUGGGUGGCAUGGGCAACAUGGGUGGCAUGGGCAACAUGGGCGGCAUGGGCAACAUGGGCGGCAUGGGCGCCAACCGCGGCGCCGGCACCACGCUGCACCAACUGCUAGUGCAGUCGCACCAGAGGACACUCAACGAAAUGACUGGGGGUGCAGGCGGCGGAGACAACCAGCUGGCUCGAUGGUUCUCCCCCGAGCUUUUAGCGCGCGCCUCCGCAGGCAAGCUACCCUCAGUGCACGUUCCGAACGCGCUUUCACUCGAGGACCUGGAGAGACACCACCACUCCCCAGCACCGCCCGUGCUCAACUGAGCCGCAAGUCCCCGUCACCUGUAUUUAUAUCCUGCGCCUGUGACGUCGUUGGGUGAAAGUGCGUGGAGUGAACUUGUGUGAUAAGUGUUCCCGUGAUAGGUUUAUUAGGACAGGAGUGCUGGUUAGAGGUGGAUCCGGGCACCUAAAAAAAUAUCCUGAAGUGUUAAGAGUGGAGCCCUGACACCGCUCGCCAGGACCGCUCGUGCGCAACUGAGCAGCAAAUCUAGAUCACCUCUAUAUAUAGCUUGCGUGUGUGACGUCACGUAAGAAGUUAACUGAGGCGAAGUGUUAUUCCGUGAAAGGUAUACGCAAAGCUUCGGGAGGUAGUGACAUGGUAUUUUGACUUCAUGGACGGAAAAUGUGUGUUCGGGUAGAAUGAAAACUACCACGAAUUGGAAUAGAUUCGAUUAAAAAUAUAAUGCUUUGCGUCUGGUUUAUUUGUGCAGGAAAGUUGCUUGGUAGUGCAAGUGUUGUAACUUGUGAAACAGUCGAGUCUUCUUGAUAUUAGAACUUGAUAGUCAAAUUGCAGGACUCGACUCGUUAUAAUAGCAUUCUAAUGGUAAAAGAAUUAUUAAAAUCGGUUCAGCAAUGUCAAAAUUUAUCAUCGAUUACAAACAAACAGAUGGGUUUCCUCUUUACAAUAUUAUUAUUGAUAGUCAAAUAUUAUAAUUUAUGCAUUUGAACUUAAUAGGAAAAACUUAAUAAUUUCAGACAGACUUAUUGAAAAAUCGAGUUUGCAGUUAUUUCUUAAGGCUCGAGCUUAUUAUUCUGUGGACCCCGAAGAACCGAGUCGAGUCUGUAUAAUUAAGACUCGUUAAGUGGAUUUUUUUACAACAUUGUCAUUUACACUGGAAUUCAUAGUAGAUGUGUCAUUCAACCUUUAUGCAAUUGCAUGUGAAUUCCGGUGUUACAGAGGUCACAAUCCCGAAGUUUUGAGAAUUCCGGAAGGGGUGUUUAAAAUUCACAAAAUGUAUACUUCCCAUGAAUUUGAAUGAGUACCAGUGAAAUUAAAAUUUCAAGUACCAGUGAAUGUAUGAUGUGCGAAGACCUUUAAAAAUCGCUGGUUCGAUGUCUUGACGUAAUAGGUACAUCAUGUAUUGUCCGCGACAGGUUGAGAUGGCAACUGGCAGCACGCACUCCCGAACGUCACCCGCGGGCUGUGCGGUUGUGCGGAGCGUUCCCUCCCAGAUUGCCAUGUCAACAUGUCGUGUACUACUUGGGAAUAAAAUGAAUUGGUUGAAAAUUAUUCGUUGUGAGAACUGAAAUAUCAUUAUUCUUUUAAGACCACAUUAAUUUUAAAAGCGACUAUGUAUUGAUGUUUGUCUCACGGACAAAAUACCAAAGACAUGUCAAUGUUUGAUUUUGUUCAAAUUUUUCAGUAUUCAGGGGAUAAUAAAACUUUUUGUGAAAAUAAUUAUUAUUGGGUUCAGUCAAAUGAAAAAAAAACGGAUCUCAAAGUAUAAAAAAAAAAGAAUUACUGUCAAAAUUCCAAAUCUCAUAUGACGUUUGUGAACACAGUGUCACAGCUAAAGGGCUGAAAUAUGUAUAAAUAUAAAACUAUUUAUUGAAUAAACCUUGAAAUACCAAAAAUAUAUUACUUUAUGAGCCCACUAUCUAUGGCACUGAUGUACGUAAUGUUAGGCCAAGUUCCCACUGUUAUGCAAAAUAUCAGCGAGCGUAAACGCUUUCCAGUGUGAACGUGGCCUUAUAGAGCGAAAACCCAAUACAAAUAAUAAAAAAGUGGUAUGUUCCACGAGAAAGAUCAAUUUUAAUAAUAAGGCAACGGUGCUAAUUCAGUUUUGCACUACCCUCCAACAUGACUAAAUUGGCAGGAUAGCUCUUGUUUCCUAGGAUAAAACCUCCCUGCCUCAAUGGCGAGGGCUGCGGUCUUCUCUUCCUCCUCCUCCUCCUCCUCCUCCUCGAAUCGAUUGACACCUUAUUCAUCAAAAUCGGAUCAGUAGUUUAGGCGAUACACACACACACACACACACAUACAUACAUAUACUGCUAAAAUCAUAACCCUUCCUUUUGGUUUUGCCGCAGUCAGGUAAAAAACUUGAACCAACCACUCUCCAAGAAACCAACGCAAUCUUGAUCCAAGACGCAAGAAACUGCAGUUGGUUCAACAUGUAAGAACAUGUAGCAAUAUGUUGAUCACUACUUUCGUGCUAAAGGCCAGCAAGAAAGAUGUGAUUAUCAAGUUGCUACUAUCGUAAUGGUUGUGAUUGGCUGUUUUUUUUUUAAAUGUAAUUUACAGACUAGCGCUUGGCUGCAAUCAAACCUGCCAGCAAGUAAUGAUGCAGCCUAAGAUGGAGCGCGCUUGCCUAGAAGUUGCCUAUUUAAUCAUACAAUUUAUGGUAUUGCUGCAGCAGUACAUUUUAGCCAAUAGCGAGAGAGUGUCUGCCAAUCAGAAGUGAUUGUAAUCGUCACACCUGCCAAGCUAGGGCGGUAGGCCUCGAGGUUUAGGAUCUUUCUGCGAUUUAUGUAUUGAGCAUGAAUGUAUAUUAAAGAUGGAUGGAGCGCUCUUAAUACCUAUUUAAAAUAAUAUAUAAUUAUCGCUAUUUCACUUCGACUACCAAAUUAGAACGAGACGAAUCGUCUGGACCACAAUCGUGUUAUCCUAGGAAAUUAGAGCUGGAAAAGUAGUGCCAUCCUUUUCACAAUGCUUCCCGCAGAGAAGGAUAGAAUGAAUUUUAGUCCUGCCAGUUUAGUAUGGAAUUAGCACCAACAAUUCGAAGUUUUCAAAGGUUAUAGCUGUAUAGGGAUCAAAGUUUGGUGUAUUCAGUUGUAGUUUUAUAAU